CGUAGUCGGAAGUGGUACUCUUUCCUUCGCUGAACCUGCUUCAGAGCCGGCCGGAGCUAGCUACGUUAGCCGAAACAAGUGUCCCAGCGUGAGCUAGCGUUGCGUGUUUGUGACAUGUCCAACUCAGCGCCUUCCGACAAGCCUUCAAACCCUGCGAACCCUCGCGUCUUCUUCGACGUAGACGUCGAUGGAGAAAGAGCUGGCAGGAUAGUUCUGGAGCUGUUUGCUGAUGUCACCCCCAAGACUGCUGAAAACUUCCGGGCGCUCUGCACUGGAGAGAAGGGAAUAGGCAAAUCCACCGGGAGGCCUCUGCACUUUAAAGGAUGCCCGUUCCACAGAAUCAUCAAAAAGUUCAUGAUCCAAGGCGGUGACUUUUCCAACCACAAUGGCACCGGUGGAGAGAGCAUCUACGGAGAGAAGUUCGAGGAUGAGAACUUCCACUACAAGCACGACAGGGUGGGUCUGCUCAGCAUGGCCAACGCUGGGCCCAACACCAACGGCUCACAAUUCUUCAUCACUACCGUCCCCACGCCGCACUUGGAUGGAAAGCACGUUGUAUUCGGGCAGGUGUUGAAAGGGAUGGGGGCCAUUAAAAUGCUGGAGUCCAUUGACACCGAAGAAGACGCCCCCGUUAAGCCGUGUGUCAUAGCAGACUGUGGCGAGCAUAAGGACGGGGACAGCUGGGGCACUGCACCAAGCGACGGGUCAGGGGACAGCCACCCAGACUUCCCAGAGGACUCUGACAUUGACUUUAAAGAUGUUGAUAAGGUUCUGUCUGUUGCUGAGGAUGUGAAGAAUAUUGGAAACAACCUAUUUAAGAAUCAAAACUGGAAAGCUGCUGUCAACAAAUAUAACAAAGCCCUCAGGUACUUGGAAGUUAGCGGAGACCAGCUGGAGGAGGCGGCGCAGAAAAAGCUGGAGCCCAUAGCCCUCAGCUGUUUCCUCAACACGGCAGCCUGCAAUUUAAAGAUGCAGCUGUGGCAGGAUGCUCUGGACAGCUGCGAUGAGGCUCUACAGCUGGAUGAAGGAAACACAAAGGCACUGUUCCGAAGGGCUCAGGCCUGGCAGGGCUUGAAGGAACACGGCAAAGCCAUGACUGAUCUGAAGAAAGCUCAGGAAAAAGCUCCAGAGGACAAAGUUAUCAUCAAUGAGCUGAAGAGAGUGCAGCUUAAAAUCCAGGAGGAAAAGGAGAAAGAAAAGAAAAUCUAUGCCAAAAUGUUUGCGUGAAAUAUUUAGCCAACGAUGCAGCAAGAUGUUAAUAUCAAUGUUUUGGUCUUGAAGGGGAAACUGUACUUAAAGAUAAGGAGUCAAACCACAGGAAUCUACAGCACUUUCACUUGACAGGUUCCCUUCAUCGUGUCCAGCAGAUAAAUUUCUCACUGAGGAAUAAAAGCUUUGACCUGUUUUCA